AUGCUGGAGCGAGCAGCUCAGCGCCUUGAAAACGCAGGAGAAUGUCUUUUCCGCCAUUCAAAGCGCCACGCUCGCAGCCGACGAGUUUUGCAUCCGGAAUUCUGGCAUCAUGGCGUUGCUGACAUCGAGGCUCCCUUGUGGGGCUCUGAUUUCCUGCAACCACCGCGAUCAUCCUCGUCCACCUCUCGACCCUUACCAGUUGCCGUUGAGCCAUUUGCCGUUCUCUUUAACUACCAUCUUCCAAAUACGCGCUUGGAAUUCUUAUACCCGCCAGAAACACAAAUAUUUGCACGAUAUCGCCUUCCUCGCAUCAUCAUCAAGAGCUCCGCCGAAUAUAGGAGAAAGUCGGGCAACCGAACUUAUUAUUCAACGAAUUCUGGCGAAGUGGCUCAAUCCCGGUCACACCAUGAGGAGGUUUUACCAGAGCCUCAAGAUAAACAGAACUUUGAAGGAUCGAAGGGGCUCGAAGAGUCGCUGGCGGAAGGGGGAGAGAAUGAGGAGGAGGAGGAGGCAUUUGAGUACUAUGACCUUUACAAAAGUCCUCGAAGACCAAUUACUCUCCCUAAGCGGCGAGCGUCUCCAUUGUUGCCUGCUGUGAGGUUCGGGCUGGCGUAUUGCAACUUUUAUCGACGCCAGCAGGAGACAAUGUCACGAGUUCGGAUGAAGCAACUGGGGUUGGUAUGUUCCCGGAAAACUAGGGGCUUUCGCACAAUUCUCACCCGUGGAACAAAAUCCAAAAGACGGCGUCGCGUUAGCAACGAUGGGGAAAUAGUUAUAGAUCUCAAUAUUCUGCGGCGGCUUGAUCGAUAUCUUAGCAAUAAUUCUCCACGGAGCUGUCGGGCUGUAUGGAGACUCUAUCAAGUUGUCAAGGACCAGAAGCCCGAGUACCAUCCACGCGUCCUUGCCUAUCUUUCAGAAUCCCGGGAACCUGUGGAUCGAAUCCGUUCGAGACUAGCAUUUGAAGCUAUCGAGAUUGACCAGAGAACUCCAGAAGACUAUGGCCACGUAACGAAGUCUCUUAUCCAAUGUGAAGGGAAUAUCGAUUGGGUUAGGGAGAUUUGCAAGGAAGCAGUGUCGAAACUCAAAGGAGAAAAGUGCUGGGAUAUCGCCAUGGUUGCGUUGGUGGACCGGAUGAAGUGGAAGGAGGCAUUCGAAUUUUUCUCCUUUAAGCCCUAUCUCCCGGAAGGCCAGCCAUUCAAACGGAUUAAAUAUCAUGAGUUGUCGAACAUGCUCAGCUUACCGGAAAGAGUUUUGAAUUUGCUUGAGUUGCUACGCGAGAAAAUGCUAGACCUGUCGGAAGCUACUCCGCUGGUCGGCUUCUUAGUUCACUUGGUCAUCAGGAAGAAAACGAUAUUGAGGCAAACCCCUAUUGAACAAAUUCUGUUAUUGUUCUACAGCCUUCACGCCAUUCGCUUACUCGAGAGUCAACAUUACUUCUGGGCCUUGUCGACGUUACGAUAUCUAGAUCUCGAAUUAAAAACCACCCGCGCCCUCGAAGUGUACUGGCAUUUUCGCUUAUUGAUGGGUACCACAAAGCCCCCUGAGAAGGUUCUUGCUGGACUUUUGAAAGUCGUGGCCGUACUGCGGAAACCUGAGGCUACUAACCAACUUCUCAGGGAGUUUCGGUUAUUCUAUGAAAAGCCGUCGGAAGAAGCAUAUCAGAUCGCACUCACGGCAUUUUCCAGACUUGGUGAUUUCCGGAGGGUAACUGAUUUAUUUAAAUCCUACGUGAACCAUUACGGCCAGCCCAGGAAGCUCAGGUUGGUUAACCCUCUAAUAUACGUUAAUGCCGCAGUUGGCAGAGUUUAUCAAGCCCGGAAGCAGCUAGAAAGGCUUCGUAGCGAGUUCUCGCUGAGCCCUGACGUGACGAGCUGGAAUAUUGUCCUGACUGCCCACGCGAAGGCACGGGAUAAGCCCGGAGCGCUAUCAACUUUUCAAGAAAUGAUUGCUACUGGGUUAAAGCCAGACUCGCAUACACUCGGAAUCUUAAUGGGAAUGUUUGCGAAGGACGGCAACGUCGAAAGCGUCAUGGAUUUCUUGCAGCUUGCUAGGGGAUAUGAUAUUCAACUCAACAUGGCAAUGCUUCACCCGGUGGUGGAGACCCUCUGCAACAACCGAAAAUAUGAUGCUGCCGAGAAAUUUGCAGAUACGGUGAUGAAGCUAAAGGCUCCCGGCCCUACUACUCGCAUGUGGAAUGUCAUCCUGUGGCACUACGCUUUCCUCCCUGACAUAGAUUCUAUGCUAGCAGUGCAUGAUCGGAUGAGAAAACUAGGAGUGAAAUUCGAUCAUAUGACGUAUGCAGCCACCAUCCUGGCUCUUGUUCGCAGUGGAAACCAUGAUGAUGCUAUUCAGGUUAUUCGAAGACUUGAGGACCGUCGCCAGGUUUCCGUGACCCAAUUCCAUUACGCGAUCCUUUUGUACGGCUAUGCACUGGCAGGGGAUGUGGAAAUGAUCGAACAUACCCAGGGCGAAAUCAUGAAAAAAUUCGGCCACUUGAGUCUCAGCUCGAGACUAUCGGUGCUCAAGGGGAAAAUUCAUAUGGACAAGAGGCUUCUCGAGGAAGGGAAAUACGUUGGGCAUAAUAACGAAAUUCGAUUGGUGAAUGCGGAGGCGUUUCUGGAUUCCAUUAUGAAAGACUUCGGUAUCAGAGAGUGGGCUACGAAAGUUCCACAACCUGGGGCAAGUCAAAAGUCUGUCCGCGAUGCCUUUCCUUCUGUGUAUUACGAGGAACUCAUCUCCGCCUACAUGAGCCAUGAUGCAACCGUGAGGGCGAAGCAACUUGCCGAGAGGUUGGAGAAGAAACAAAACCGCCUCGUCAGGAAUCCGAAUCUUGUGCCACUCAGCCAGUUGGCUCAAAGAAUGAAACUCCAAGCGAGGGAUAGAGGGUUCGACAUGGUCGAGAAACUCUGGAAGAAAGCAUUUAAUCAAGCCAAACUUGGAACGGCCAUUACAGCCUCCUUCAAACCCAACCACUCUGGCAAUCCUGAUGACCCUCAACUCGUCCCUAAAAACUCCAUGUCGACUGCUCAGCGUUUUUCUCUUUCCGAAUGCCUUUCUGUGCUCAUGGAAUGCUACGCAGAGCAAAAUCUCCAUUCCAAAAUCGCCGUCGUUAUAUCGGAAGUCCAAAAGUCUGGCUUUGUCCUGACGACCCAUAACUGGUCAUCCUAUAUUGAACUACUUGCUGUUUCCUCCAGACGAGAGGACCGACUGAAUGCUUUUAUUCUCUUUGAAAAACUGUUUAUUCCUAACUACACUGGUUGGACACAGGUAAGGGCAAGAUCGACUGCACGGCCCGGCCAUGCUCCAUCCACAUUUGCUCUUCAGGAGAACAGAGAUCACUAUUCCUCCCGCCGGCCUGACCAUAUGGGCCUCGGCGAAAGUUAUGCAUGGUCAAAACUUGAGCCUGACUACAUGCAGCCUUCCUACGACACAAUGGUUCGCCUAGCCGCCGCGCUAGUUGAUGCUAGGGCGCGCUCCGUUCUGGAUUCAGGUGAAGAGGUUAACUCGAUUCUCCUGUCUGCCCCAAUGACCAUAAUUGCUAUGGGGAAUGUACAUGACCCCCAAGGAGGAUUUGGACAGAUAUUAAAUGAAGCUCAGCAUGUCGUCCAGUCCGGCCCUAUCAAGUCUGUGGUGGAACCAGGGUUUGGCGAACAAGGGCUAGUUAACCGCGAAUCUUCUUUGGAGCCAUCCGGGAAGGCUACCGAUGCCCAUAAUGAUAACAAUAAAAACACUGUGGUUCCAUCUCCGUACGAUCUCAUUCCGGUAGCUACCGGUGUGUCCAGGGAAACAGCACCAGAUAUGCCUUUGAUCAAAACGCUCCUGGAGGAAGACGCUCAGUGGAGACAGAUUGAAUACAAACGGCGGGUCCAGCGACGUCAAUUCUUAGAAAACAACCCACCCUUAAAUGGCAUUCCUCCCAGAUUGCCGCCCCAUUUACGUGGCAGGGGCCGGGAAACGGGUCACUGGCAAGUGUUGCGAGAAGUGGGACUCCUCAACACACCCCACUUAGUUCAACAUGCCCACCUUGAGCUGCCAGAGAGAUCUCAGGAGAACCUAGAGGACGAAGAGGAAGGCUUGGGCAAAGAGCGAAUCCUCUGGCGCAAAGAGGAAUCGGAGUGGCGCAAGAAGGUCAAAAGUGGACGCUGGAAGGACUGGAUCCCGGCACGCAAUCGAAGACUAUGGCUCAAGAAGAUCGAUGCCCAGAACCUGCCACUGAUCCUUCAGUAUCUCCGUCUCGAAGAGGAUGCAUAUGACGUCAAAGAUCAGUACCGCAAGGAAUGGGUUUUCUGGUGCCGACUGCAGAUCUGGAGGCACAUGAAAGAGGAGGAGCGAAUUGACUGGAAGCUCUACCAUGAGAAAAAUAGAAGUAAACGCUGGCGGGGCCUUCGGGAGUGGCGGCAAGACCUUAACUGGAUCCGGAAGAAGAUACCUCUACCUGGUCGUGUGGAUGGCGAGUUCGCCAGUGAUCGAGACCAUGAGGCGCAUAGCCUCCAUUACCAUGCUAAGACACGUUUGAACCAGAUCCGGGAUAUGAUGGCAAAGGUGUACAAGCUAGCUUAUCAGGACAUUUGAUUGGAGAUGGUUUUGGCUUGGAUUUUCUUUUUUGGGUCGGUUGCCCAUUAUUAUGUAGAUAUUUCUGUAUAUUAUUCAUGACCCGUUUUUCGUUUUUGCUCUUUCGCAUCCAUUUUCUCUCAUACAUGUUGGAUAAGCACUAUCAUCUACCAUUGGUCUAACGCUUGAAUUGAUCAUGAACCUGAG